GAGCACGUGAUCGGAUUCCUGCCAGAAUCCACCUGCCCAGCUCUGUGUUCGAUGCUCCUGGAAGCGUGAGGAUAACCCGACCGUCUAAACUGGAAAAGUUGAUUUUUUUUGCCGCUUUUCGGGAAAAACAUAUCGAAAUGGUUCAUAUCAAACUGGAUCAUGUAUUUUACCUGUGCACGUUUUUCUCCGCAGCAUAUGGGCUGGAAAUCACCUCCACUGGAACCACCUCUAUAGAGAAGGCGAGUGGUGAGAGCGUGAAGCUGGACUGUCAGUUCACUCUGGCUUCGGAGGACUCGGGCCCACUGGACAUCGAAUGGAGCCUCCAACCCUCCGACAACCAGAAAGAGGAGAUAGUGGUAAUUCUAUACUCAGGUGAUCGAGCAUACGAGCAUUAUUACCCUCCUCUGAAUGGUCGAGUGCACUUUAACUCUGCUGACCCAAAGUCAGGCGAUGCCUCCAUUAAUUUACUGCGGGUUGAAGCGAAGGAUACAGGGACGUAUCAGUGCAAAGUGAAGAAGGCACCAGGUAUCAGGAGUCGCAAGAUCCUGCUGACUGUCAUGGUACGCCCCUCUAAGCCCAGGUGUUCUAUAGAAGGGUCUGCUCAGGUUGGCAGUGAGGUAAUGCUGAAGUGUAAAUCCACUGAUGGGACGAGUCCUUUGCAGUACAUCUGGGAGAAAACCAAUGGCAACAAAUUGCUGCCAGCAAGUGCUGUACUAGAUCCUGUUGGAGGAACCAUCAGCAUCCGUAAUGCAACUGAAGCUGUGUCAGGAAUGUACCGCUGUACUGCCAAGAACCGCGUUGGAACUGACGAAUGUGUUCUAGAGGUCAACAUCACACCUUCCCCUAACACUGCAGGUGUGAUUGCCGGCUCUGUGAUCUGUGUGUUGUUGAUUCUACUCCUCAUCGCGCUCCUUCUGUUUUGCUGCUGCCGUGCUCAACACAGGAAAAAGUAUGAGAAGGAAAUUUCGUAUGAGAUCAGGGAGGACGUCCCCCCCCCUAAGAGCCGGGUCUCAACAGCUCGGAGCUUCACCAGUGUGGGCAGCCAGCGGUCUUCUCUGGGCUCCAUGUCCCCCUCCAAUCUUCACGAGUACUCCAAACCCCAGUAUGACAAAAUCCCUGCCGAUGAGUAUGAGAGGCCCCCCAGCCACGCCCCCCUCCCCCUUAGCCAUGCCCCCAGUAGAAUGGCUGCUUCCAACCUGAGUCGCAUGGGAGCUGUUCCGGUCAUGAUCCCAGCACAGAACCGGGACGGGUCCAUUGUGUAGAGCUGGGGGAGGGGCGUGUUAACAAGGAGGGGUUACUGUUCCAGCCAGACAAAGGGUCCCUGACUGAAGCCUCUCCAUAAAACACAUGAUGCCACUGAUGAGCAAAAAGAUGAUCUUAAAGUUAUAAAAUGAAGAAGAACAAACUGGGAUCUCACUUGUAAAUAGUAAAUAGCUGAUUUCUGUUUCUAUUUUGGUGGUUCUGUUUAUUAAGAUUUCUUGCAGAUUAAAGGUUCUCUGUAUCUGUGAGAUAUUUCAGUUUCGAACCUACAGCUGAUUUUUUUUUUAAAACCAAUUGAUUGAGUGUAACCCUUCCUGAAUGUUGAAAUCCACACACACGUGGUUUUCUAUAGACCUGUGGAUUUACCUGUUAUGUGUUCAAACACUCCAAUCUAGAGCUGUUUGGUCCAAUUGGUGUAGUUGGUGAAGCAGUCAAAUUUGCUGAUUUUGGACUGUUCAGUUAAACACUUAAAACCCUGCUCCCUGCUUUAGAAAAGGAAGGACCUUUAAAUGAAGAUUAUUUAGAAAUUAUCAGGUGUUCAUUUGUCUAAUCUUUUUAGUCUGGAACAGUUCCUGUUCUACCUUAAUGCCUACAGGAGAACCUUACCAUUCCCACAGUCGGCCAUGUUGGUGGACAUGAAGGCACUUUCCUGACAAAUUGCUGGUGCCUUUUUUUAUUUUGUUGGCUAAAAUGAAAUCUCAAAUAUCUCAAAUAAAUCCUCAACCAGUGACUCUGCUGCAGUAUGGCUGGUUUUCUGAUCAGUUUUUAUUGUCUAAAAUCGUCUGGAUAACUGUAUAAAGCAAUGCGGGACACUUUCAAUGUUCACUAAUGAUGAUAUUAACUAAUUUUGAACUAAUAUUAACAAAUUACUAUUUUCUAUGCUUUUUUUUUUUUUUUUUUUUUAGCAGUUCCUGUAAGAACUUAAGCUUUGCUCCUUUUAUGUGCAUUGUGGUGAACUUUUUAAAUAAACAAAAAAUCACUUCUCAA